AUGUCUGGAAACAUCACUGCCUUACCGAAUUCUAUAACGGCUUCCAUGGAAACGGUCACUCGAGACACUACACUUGAAAUUUUCACCAUAAUUCAGUUGACUUAUGGAAUCCCAUCCACACUUUUCAUCAUAUUUUUCAUUUUCUUUCUGGGUUUUGGCAAGAAAUACUCAAAUUCAUUUUAUCGAUUGGUCCAGUUCGAUUUGUUGGUGAAUCUUUUAACCUAUCUCAACUCCUGGUUCGCGGUCCGUAUAGAUAAACAUCCGAUUGUUGUUCCCUUCCUGAAGGCUCUGACGUAUCAAUGCCCCGGAUUCCUGACGUGGACAAGAUAUUUUGCCUACUGGUUCAUGCAUAUGCAGUUCCUGUCUGCAAUUGCAUUGAGUCUCCAUAGAAUAUCUUCUGUUUUCUUUCAUUCUCAGUAUGAGAAGAUGUGGAACUAUUGUCUUAUCCCAUUUUAUCUCCUGUGCAUUUUCUACUGCUGUUUAUGCAAUGCAUUGAUUCCUGGAUCCAUUACAGAUGUUUACAUUAGAAAUGAUACACUUAUGAAGACUUCAUACAUUAGUGUAAUGGUACGAGCAAUGACUCUUACUGCCAUUUUUUCCGCUAUUUAUUUUGUUCUUCUAAUUCUUGUUGGACUAACGACGUCGAAAGUGGUGACGUGGAAAAUACAGGCCGCCUCAAUCACAAACGGAGGAAUCGGCAAGAAAUUGAACAAGAUCGCCGCCACCUACGGAUUCAUCUACAGUGGAAUCCUGGCAUGGAGUCUUUUGAAUACGUUCAAUUCAAAUUUAAAAUUUCUACCAACGUUUGUUUCCCAGAUUAGUGCCAACUUGUUGCCAUUUGCUUCUGAUAUGAUGACGUUGGCACUUCCAUAUAUUCUAAUGAUUCAUGACACCAACGUCAAACAAGACAUUUUAAGAAGAGUUCCGGUUUCCAGAACUAACAGUCGGAUCGUUUCGUCCAGCUUUGUCAUUUCUCGCUGA